AUGCGUAGCACAGGCAGAGUGUUUGGCCCUGCCCCUGCUUCUGGAAAAAGAAUUUUCGACAUCUGCACACAGACAGUUGUGAAAAAGGAGGAGAAGCAGCUACUGGCUAAGGGGCACCUGGAUAGAGAAGAAGGGGUCCAAGGCCCUCUCUACCAGGUACUGGGGCCCAAUUCUGCCUGGGAACUGAGUCGGACAGGCACUGGGUCAGACAUCCCUACAGGCCCAGGCAUCUGCUCAGUUGUGAUAUCUACACACGAACCCCGGGCAGGCGAGUGGGAGGCGGACAGGGGAGCGGCUCUUUGGGCCCCCACCCGUGGCGAUCCCAGCCUCCAGGUUCCCGGCAGUCGCCCCGCCCCACCUCGCCCGUCACAACCCCGCGGCGUGGGGCCGGGGCUGGAGGGGGCGGAGCGCGCGGUCCAGGCCCACGGAGCAGGUUGGGACCCGGGCGGGUACCGGGGCCGGGGCGCCACGCGGAGGCCGAGCGUGCGCGCGGCCGGGCUGGUCCUGUGCACCCUGUGCUACCUGCUGGUGGGCGUCGCCGUCUUCGACGCGCUCGAGUCCGAGGCGGAGAGCGGCCGCCAGCGACUGCUGGUCCAGAAGCGGGGCGCUCUCUGGAGGAAGUUCGGCUUCUUGGCCAAGGACUACCGUGAGCUGGAGCGCCUGGCGCGCCAGGCUGAGUCCCACCGCGCCGGCCGCCAGUGGAAGUUCGCCGGCUCCUUCUACUUCGCCAUCACCGUCAUCACUACCAUCGGGUACGGCCACGCCGCGCCGGGUACGGACUCCGGCAAGGUCUUCUGCAUGUUCUACGCGCUCCUGGGCAUCCCGCUGACGCUGGUCAUUUUCCAGAGCCUGGGCGAACGGCUGAACGUGCUGGUGCGGCGCCUCUUGUUGGCGGCCAAGCGCUGCCUGGGCCUGCGGCGGACGCGUGUGUCCACAGAGAACCUGGUGGUGGCCGGGCUGCUGGCGUGUGCCACCACCCUGGCCCUCGGGGCUGUCGCCUUCACGCACUUCGAGGGCUGGACAUUCUUCCACGCCUACUACUACUGCUUCAUCACCCUCACCACCAUCGGCUUCGGCGACUUCGUGGCACUGCAGAGCGGCGAGGCCCUGCAGAGGAAGCUCCCCUACGUGGCCUUCAGCUUCCUCUACAUCCUCCUGGGGCUCAUGGUCAUUGGCGCCUUCCUCAACCUCGUGGUCCUGCGCUUCCUUGCUGCCAAGGCCGACUGGCCCGAGCGCGCUGCCCGCCGCCCCAGCCCGCGCCGCCCGGGGGCGCCUGAGAGCCGUGGCCUCUGGCUGCCCCGCCGCCCGGCCCGCUCCGUGGGCUCUGCCUCUGUCUCCUGCCACGUGCACAAGCUGGAGAGGUGCGCCCGUGACAGCCUGGGCUUCUCUAGCCCGGGGGUCAUGCUUGGCGGGCAGGCUUCCAGGCUUGGGGCCCGGCAGAAGUCCAUCUGACAACCCCACCCAGGCCAGGGUCGAAUCGGAUCGGGAGGGUCUGGCUUCAGCUAUCAGGGCACCCUCCCCAGGGAUUGGAGACGGGUGAGGGGCCUCUAGGCGGUCUUCUGCUACGAGUAGUUUCUCAUUACUGUCUGUGGCUAAGUCCCCUCCCUCCUCUCCAAAAAUAUAUUACAGUCACAUCAUAAGCACAAACCAGGCUCCAGGGUCACCCUGUAGGAGCAAAUUCCUUGUAGUCCAAAUUGUAUGAGGGCGUGGCCACAUCAGCACCUAGGAGAGGCUCUGCACAGGUCCACUUCAGAGCCGACCCUCCAGAGCAAUUUUUCUGUUGUGAAGAGGCUGGUUUUCUGAGUAACGGUUGAAAUGUGCAACUUUCAACACUGGAAUCUUCGCUGGAAUUAGUGAGGUCAGAAGCUCACACUACGAGAAGCAUGGGGAACAAAGGUGGACCAAAUGGGACCGUGUACAGUCCGGUGUGGACAAGUGGGUCAAUCUGUGCGCUAAACGAUCUCUCAUUCUCUGCCCAGUGUAUAGAGUGGAAUCAGCCCAUGAGUGAAUGAUGGCCUCUUUCCCCCAGAUGGCUGAUGCUCUUUGUCCCUGGCCAGUCCCACUUCAGGAUGAGGGAGGCCUUGCUGUCACCCACCCGCCAUGUCACUGGGGCCACUUAGACACAGCAGAAUGCCAUGGGACGAGCUCUCUUCUGGGUCCUGUCAAUCACCAGCAAUAUGACCUUGGAGAAUCGCAUCUUCUCUCAGGGCCUCAGAUUCCACAUCUGUAGAAUGACUGGGUUCACCCAGAACCCUGCUCCCUCUUAUGCAUCUCUGGCAGGACUUUCUGGAACAGGCCCCUGCACCGUAAGGGGGCAGAGACAAAGCCCGAGGUGUGGCAUCCUGGCAUCCUGUGGCACUCAAGCCACUUCCCCUGGCUUCCCAGAUAGGGCUGUCUCAACACAAAGCAUGAACGAGCCAGGUUAGAAAAGCCAAAAACUUUAAUUUCAACAUGAGCUACAUGGUCAUGAACACAAUGCAACACGACCCCACUCCAACCCAAGGACCCCAGAAACCCUCCCUCCCUAAAGGCCUGGGCAGCUCCUGCUCCAAGAGAGGGAAUGAGGGAAAGGUGGGUGGAAGGAGAGAGGCUCCCAGCCUAAGGACCCGGGCUCCUGCCUUCCCACCACCUGCCCAGGAAGCAGUCAUAGAGGGAAAGGGCUCCAGAGGUGAUGCCCACAGCCCUGGGUUCGGCUCCACUCUGACCUCACUGAAGCGCUGGGUUAGACGGGCACCAUCAGCCCACUUCACAGGCUCAGCCUCCAGUGAGCUCGUGGACGCUAAUGCUUUCCGUCCACUCUGAGGUGCUGCUCCAGAUGUGGGGCCCUCCCAGAGGGCCUCGGAGACACCAUGGGGGAACAGGGAGAGGGGCUCAGUCCCCGGGCCUGACACAGCGCUGCUGCUCAAUAAAUAAAUGCAGGUGACCUUG